CAAAACCAGUUAAUUUUGGCAUCUUUGUGGGGACACUGUGAUUUCUUUAUACGGCUCUGGGUUGUUGCUUUAAGCUCCGCCCCCCGCGUCAUUUAACCCCGCCUCCUCCCGUUUUCGUCCGAUUUAGCAGUUUUCAGCUGACGAAGGGAUUCUUCCCCCCACGUCCACGGAUGGCAACAUGGCGACAGAGUUUCACAACCUCCAGGAGCUGAGGCAUAGUGCAUCUCUUGCCAACAAAGUGUUCAUCCAGAGGGACUACAGUGAAGGAACCACGUGCAAGUUUCAGACCAAAUUCCCCUCUGAGCUGGAGAGCAGGAUGGAGCGUACUCUGUUCGAGGACACCGUGAAGACACUGAAUAACUUUUACGCUGAGGCAGAAAAGAUCGGAGGGCAGUCGUAYCUGGAGGGCUGUCUGGCCUGUGCCACGGCAUAUCUCAUCUUCCUCUGCAUGGAGACGCGUUAUGAGAAGGUGCUGAAGAAGAUAGCCAAGUACAUUCAAGAGCAGAACGAGAAGAUCUACGCUCCCAGAGGUCUGCUCAUCACGGACCCUGUUGAAAGGGGAAUGCGUGUC